AUGGCUUGGACAGGAGGAAUGAACACAAACAGAUCUCAGGGGUCUCAUCCAAAAACCACGAUUCCGACGGUCCCAAUUCCGGCGACGGCUCCGGCAAACACACCGUUCGAUCCAAACGACGCAGCCAGUCCGUUCUUUUUGCACCCAAACGAGAACCCCUCUCUGAUUCUCGUCUCAGCUCUUCUGGACGGACGGAACUAUCACCCUUGGGCAAUGGCGAUGGAGAUGGCUCUUCUCUCAAAGAACAAGCUAGGGUUCGUAGAUGGAACCAUAGCAAUACCAGACAGCAAUGAUGUCAAAUUUCCUUAUUGGAAGAGAUGCAACAAUAUGGUGUCAACUUGGAUAAUGCGAUCGCUUUCAUCUGAAAUCGCUCAAACCGUUCUUUGGAUAGGAACUGCGGAGAGAAUCUGGAAAACAUUGAAGUCCAGAUUUAGCGAGGCAGAUAUAUUUCGUAUCUCAGAUUUGCAUGCUGAAAUCCACCAAAUCCGGCAAGGUGAUCUUAGCAUAGGAGCGUAUUUUGCAAAAUUGAAAGUCCUAUGGGACGAAUUACAAGUUAUAAGGCCCUUACCUAUUUGUAAUUGUGCACGAAGAUGUGAUUGUGGCUUGUUGGAUAAACUACAAUCUCACCUCGACAGUGACAACCUCUCCAUCUUCCUGAGAGGGCUCAACGACAGUUAUACGUCUGCACAAUCACAAAUUAUGAUGAUGAAACCUUUGCCCUCUGUUGAUGAAGCGUUCUUGAUAGUUCAACAGCAGGAGAGAAGAUUUAAUAGUGGAAUAGCAGGCUUCUUGCCUCAACCAGCAGACAACCUGAAUGCAGGGAAUGUGUUCUUGAGCCAAACUGCAAGCAACAACUCAGGUUCCAGGAAAGUUUAUCCUAAUGGGAGCAAGAAACCCAUCUGCACAGACUGUGGAUUCACUGGGCAUACAGCUGAUAAAUGUUAUAAAAAACACGGGUAUCCAUCCGGAUGGAAACCAAGAAAUAGAAGUGUAGGGGCAGCCAAUCAGAUUCAAGUAGCUGCUCAGAUUCCUUCAGAAGACACUAUCUCAUUAUCACAAAAUGAGUACAUGAUGUUCAAGCAACUAAUACAGAAGGAAGCUGCUACUCAGAGUUUACCUCUGACUACAGAAACCAUGCCACAAGCUAAUUUCAUCUCUGCAAACUCUGUGCCUAAUGCUCAGUUUGAAGGUACAUCUCUUCCUUCUUCUAGUCAUAACAAAAUUCCUUGGAUCUUGGAUAGUGGGGCUACCCACCACAUUGUUUGUAGCCACCAUAUGUUGACAAGAGUCAAAGAAGUCCAAGGCAUGUGUGUUGAACUUCCUAAUGGCAACAAGACUGCCAUCACACACAUAGGAACUAUUACUGUGUCAGAAGAACUGGUUCUGAAGAAUGUCUUUUGUGUACCUGACUUCCAUUAUAACCUGGUUUCAGUCAGUGAAUUAAUCAAGAAUUCCAAUUGCAAAUUGCUUAUGUAUUCUGACACAUGCCUAAUACAGGAUCAAGUCCUUGGGAGGACGAUUGGAGUGGCUAAAUUGGAAAAGAGUCUAUAUCAUCUAUUGCAGCCUGCAUUUUUUGGUUCAUUUGACAAAUUGCAAAAUGUUGAAAUAAAUGCCUGUAAUAUUAGUAGUUUGUGGCAUGCUAGAUUAGGACAUACAUCCUUUUCAAAGAUGAAAAUGUUGCAGUUGUUGGAUUCUGAUAUAAAGUUCAAUAAAGAAUCAGCUUGUGAUGUAUCCAUUUGGCUAAACAAAAAAGACUUCCAUUCCCUGUUAGCUCUACUGUUUCUGCUAAUUGCUUUGACCUUGUUCAUGCUGACAUUUGGGGGCCAUACCAUGUACACACAAUAUAUGGUCACCAAUACUUCUUGA